CCAACAAUGAAAAUCGAAUGUGUGUAAACGCGGUUUCUGUUAGAUCCAGAUUCAUGGGGAUUUGCUUCAGCAUUGUAGAAAAACACGUUUCCCAUUCCGAUUCUAAACCUAAACCCUAGCUUCGCCGUCGCCGUCGCCGUCGCCAUCUCUCCUCCCAUCUCCGGCCAUCGGACCUCCAUUAAAGAAACAAACUCUGUUUUCAUGAUCUCGUCAAUCGGUCUUUCAUCUGAAUCAUAGGAACAUCAGCCUCUAGAACAAGAUAAAAUUUUCCCCUGAACCAUUGUUCUCGGCAUCAUUGUUUUCCUAAUAAAUCAGCUUAAGAUGACUUCUCCAGACACUCUUGUAUUCAUGGAACUUGCAAUACAGCAGGCAAAGUUAGCUAUGGAUGCCCUUGAAGUACCUGUCGGCUGUGUAAUUGUUGAGGAUGGCAUGGUUAUAGCCUCAGGAAGGAAUCGAACUACCGAGACACGAAAUGCUACAAGACAUGCCGAAAUGGAAGCUAUAGACCUGCUUCUAGAACAGUGGCAGAAAAACAGACUUUCGAUGACUGAAGUUGCUAAAAAUUUCUCAAACUGCAGUCUUUAUGUUACUUGUGAACCGUGCAGAAUGUGUGCAUCUGCUUUAUCAAAUUUAUAA